CCCUUCUCCACACGGCCCAGCGAUCCGCACACUGCCGCUCAGACUAGCAUCAGGAUGUUCUCCACAGGCCGGGCCUUGCCCCGCUCCUUCUAUGGUUUCCCCCAGUUUGUGUUGGGACAGCCGCUGGCCCACAGGCACCGACCCAGCUACAUGGAGGUGGAGGUUCUGGACCAACGCACGGGACGACUCAUCUACGUCAUCGACAAGGUGCAUCCUUCAUCGACUGUUCUGGAACUGAAAAACAGGUUCCACAAAGCAUGUCCUGGAUGGUAUCCGUCACGCACUGGUCUCCGGGUUGAGCCCAAUGGGCCGUUCCUACGGGACACCUGCCUAGUGCGGACACUGGCCUCUUCCUCCUUGGUGACGCUGUACUCCACAGAUCUCGGCCAGCAGGUGGGCUGGACCACGGUAUUUCUCACACAGUAUAUCGGACCUCUCCUCAUUUACUUGAUGUUUUAUUUCCACACGUGGAAUCUGUAUGACAGCAGCAUCAAGAAGCAACGGCCUCUGGUUGUACACUUGGCCUGUUUCUGUCACUCACUCCACUACGUUAAGCAUCUUCUGGAGACUCUGUACGUCCAUCGGCUGUCUGAUGGCUACACCCCUCUGCGGAACCUCCUGAAGGGCUGUGCGUUUUACUGGGGAUUUACAUCCUGGCUGGGGUACUACGUCAACCACCCUCUGUAUACACCUCCAUAUUUUGCCAACAAGCAAAUCAUUCCUUCAUUUUUCUCGUUCUUGCUUUGUGAAGCUGGUAACUUCUUUAUCAAUAUGGCUUUGGCACAGCACAGUCACACCGCAAGCCCCUCUCCAUACCCGAAGGCAACCUGCAACCCCUUCACCUGGCUCUUCAUGGUGGUGCACUGUCCCCAGUACACCUACGAGAUUGGAGCGUGGAUAAGUCUGGCCAUUAUGACCCAAACAGUGCCUGUGGCAGUCUUUGCUGCACUGGUAUCGAUCCAGAAGCUGCUUAGGGCAAGGAGGAGACAUCACAGACACCAGAAGCAGAGCAGUGGCGGUGGACAAUGCCGGGCUGCUGUGAUCCCCUUCCUGCUGUAGCUGUUGAGGACUCAAAGGUGAAAUGGGAGGUGACAUGUAGCUGUGCUAGAUGCAGAGGUUGGAGCGGAUAGCAUCACACUGAUAUGCUUUCAUCCUGACAACUUCAGCAAGGUGUUUGGGAUGCACACUAGUGUAGUGGGGAUUUUCACAGAUCCGUCCCAAGUGCCAGCCUCUGCCCCAUUACUCUGCUGGAACAGCAACUGAUAUUUUUGACUAAGUGAACCAGAUAAAUUGAAAUUUUUGUUGUCGUUGCUCUUGCUGUUGAAAGACUAGAUCAGUGGUUCGCAACAUAGUCCUCUGGGACCCCGGUAGGCCACAUUUUUGCUCCCUCCUAGUUCCCAGCCAAUCAAAAACACUGAAUGCCUGGUUCCGGUGUGUUAGAAAUUGAGUGGGAGCAAAAAUGUGGACUGUCUGGGGGUCCCUGAGGUCUGGAUAGAGAAAUACUGAACUAUAUCAAUUCCUAUGUUCCUGACUCUUCCUGACCCUGAUCGGUAUAAGUGGUUAGAAGAUAGUUGGGUUUCAGUGAAAACAUGUCAAUGAAUAUUAUUGACUACAUGGUAGUAACAUCAUGAGUUUUGUACUGUUAUGUUCAGCUGAUAGUCAUUCAUGCAUUUGUAGUAGAUAGAAUUCAAAUAUAACGUCAAGACAGGUAAAUAGAUUUUACAAAUUGUAUCUGUUUUUUUUUUAACCUUGGAAAGCUGGAGAAAGGAAGAAAAAAAAUUUUUUAUGCUGUGUUUACGAAA